UUUCAGAAUGGAAAAAGGCACGGUGGAUGAAAAUUGUGAAAUAUUUGCUGCAUAUUUUGGUACCAUCGAAAUUCGACAUAAUGUUACGAAGUCGCGAGUUACCCUGCGAAAUUACCUUCUUCAGAAGAUCUCUCAAUUCCAGGUAGAUGGUACAAUUAAGGACCUAUGUCACACCCAUAAUUACAUUUUCGCCUUAGCACUAUCGCAUCAUCGUCUUUAUAUCCUUCGAAUAGAUUCGUUUUUCGUUUAUUCCCUCAAUUUAAAUGCUAUUCCGGAAAAUCCCAAAUUUGAACAUCUCGUAAAUGUCAUUGUGGAAACGGAACCAAUGCAUGAAAAAGUGGAUUCUAAUGAUAGCCAAAUACCAGAAUUAGCCCACUGCGAAAUACAACAAUCUGAAGAGAGGAUAAAAUCAAAGUUAAGCCAAGCUGAAGAUUUCCUCAUUUGUGCUACAAGUCGAUCAUGUUUUUUGGCAAGAAAUAGGGUUCCCUGUGAACCAUCUUUGUAUCGAAUUUUCACCGACAACAAGACCGAUGAUUUCCAACUACUGCAAUUUGGGUCCGUUGAACCUAUUCGACAGCUUUCUGCUGGUAACGAUCACAUAUUAAUUUUAACUGUGAAUGGUAUGGUUUAUAGUAUGGGUACAGGAAGCCGAGGUGAACUUGGCCAUUGUAAUUUGAAAUGUGAACAACAUCCAAAGAUAGUGGAAUGUUUGACACCUUUGACGGUAAUUAAAGUGGCAUGCGGCAGAUGGCACAGUGCUGCGUUGACCGAUGAUGGUGAUGUAUAUCUAUGGGGAUGGAAUAAUUUCGGACAGCUUGGUGAUUGCUGUGAAAUUGGUGAAAUUCUGGAUGUACCUACACCGUUGGACAUCCUUGAAAUUAUAGUGGAUAUUGCCGCCCAUGGUAAUGGUACUUGGUUAAGGCGAGCUGAUCAUCGGGUGCUCACUCUUGGCAGUACUACUAUGAUUUGAGUUUUUCGAUUCUCUAAAGACUUUCUUUUGUUUUGAAGAAUUUUUGUUUGAAUUUUCAAAUUUUUUGCUUUUCAGUCCACAUUUUCUCACUUUUCUUUCGGAGAUUGAAGUGCGC